AUGGCUGAAGGAAAUUUACCUAUGAGAAUGAGAGAAGGUACAAGAGAAACAUCUCGACAAAGUGAAAAUCUUAUAAGAAAACGGGAAACUGAAAAACAAUUAAAAGAACUUGAGCAACAGAUAAAAGAAGAGGAACUCAAACGUUUAAAAUAUCAACUUGAUAUAAUGAGAUCUAGAAGGGCAGCAUCAAAUACCGAACACACUAAUGUACUUGAUUUUGCAUCAAAUGAAAAUGAACGGAAUGUUCUAAAUACAUCUAGACAAUCAGUUCAGAAACUUAAUAGUGAUGUUCAUCAUAGUAUGUCGUCAAUAGAACAAAUUGGUGCACACAAACAGAGCGAACAAGAACAUGAUCCUACCGAUAUAAUACUUAAUGCAUCUGGUGUUGAAUUUUUAAACCAAGUAGAUGAUAUAGAUGCAAGAAUUUCAUUACAUAGAAAUGAAAGCUAUCAUACUCCAGAUAGGAUAAGCUCUGAUAUAAGCCAGAGGCGGAAAGUACAUACAGACAUUCUUAAAGAGAGAAAAGAACGCUUGGAUAGAGACAAAGGACAAUCGAAGAGUUUUGAUACAGUGAUUAAACAUGAUGGAGAUGGGGAUUGGCUUAAAGCACGGGUGGUAUAUCAAACACCAACUUAUUCAGAAAAGCAAAUAAACAAGUGCAUAGAUACCACAAAAGGAACAAAAACACAAACAGAGUAUAAAGAUGAGGAGAAUUAUAGUUUGCCAAUGAAAAGUGUAAGAAAUAGACGUGUUUCAGAUUUAGAAUGUAUGUUUGAAACAAAAGAAGAGAGAAGUAUAACUUCUGAAUUUAUGGAAGAAGAGGAAAGAAAAUUGUCUUUGAUCACAGAUAGAAGGAAGGAGUUGCAAGAAAUGAUAGAAAUGGAAAGAUUACAACAACUGAAGAUUGAACAAGAGAAACAGAGAAAAAUGGAAGAAAUCAGAGAACAGGAAAGGGUUUUAGAACAAUAUGAAUUGAGAAGCAGGGAGUUACAAUUACGUGAAAAUAAAUUAAAAGAUUAUGAGAAGAUGAUAGAUUCAAAGAUGGAACGAUUGCAUCUUAUUAGUGAUACAUUAGAAAAAGAAAAUAUUGAACGCAAAAGAGAAAAUGAUGUAUCUGAAACUCUUAAGAAGAAAUAUGAAGAGAUGAGAAGAAGGGAGAUGGCUAUUGAAAAGAAGGAAAAAGAGUUAGAACAGAAAGAUUAUUUGCUGGAAAAGAAAAUAAACUUACUGAAAGAUUGGCAACAUGAAGAAAGAGAAACAGAAAGAGUUCCACAAAAAUAUGAAUCGGACAUUCAUGAUAUGAUGAAUGAUUACUUAGAGGAAGGAUUUCAUACAUUACCACGGCAAAGCAGUAAUGAGAUACAUACAUUUGGACCAAAGUUAAUCAUCAGCCAAUUUUCAGGGUCAGAUCCGAAACCAAGAUCCGAAUCUUCGUUAGAAGAAUGGAAAAGAGAAAUUGAGAGUAUAAUUGCAACAAAAUUGUACAAAGAACAUGUAGUUGCUCAAGCUAUUAGACAAUCGUUAAGAGGUCAAGCGAAGAAAGUGCUGAUAAAUCUAAGUCCUGUGGCUACACCAAUUGAUAUUGUGUCUCGAGUUGAAGAUAUCUUUGGCGAUCUUUCAAGUCAGCAAAUUAUAUUCACUGAAUUUUACACAGCUGAACAGAAACCAGAGGAAUCAGUUGCAGAGUGGGGUCUUCGUCUGGAAGAAAUUCUUCUGUUAGCAUCAACAAAAAGGUUCAUUCCUGAAAAAGAAAGAAAAGAAAUGUUAAAAGAUAAAUUUUGGAGAUCUUUAUAUAAUAUAGACAUUAAGAAUGCAACUCGUACUAGUUUUGAGAGCAGCGACUCAUUUGAAGUGUUAAGGAGAAAAGCUAGAGCUGAGGAGAAUGAAAUAAAGGUUACAAAACAGAGACGACAAACUGUUCAGCAUAAUCAAAUGUCAACUGUAGAAAAGGACAAUAAAGAAGACAUUAUUAAACAACUUAUGAAGAAAAUGGAAAACUUAGAAAGGCAAUUAGAGGAAGUAAAGAGAGAAAAAGAGAAACCUAGUAGAUACGAUACUAGUAACCAAUACAGUUAUGGAGGAAGAGGACAGUACAACUUUAGAAGGACUAAUAAUUACAACAAUGUUGGGAGAGGAUAUGGAUUCAGAUAUAAUAGUAGAUACAAUGGUAGUGUUGGACAAAACAGAAGAAAUGAAAUGGACAUAAAUUCAAGAAAAGAAACAAAUGAAAAAGAUCCGAAAAUACAACCUGAUGUAGCCAAGAAAAAUGUUAAAGAGGAUUUAAAAGAUUAG